CUCGAAACAUAGUGUAAAAGCUUUAGUUUAUUUCUUUCUACGUCAGCUACAUGUUCAGCAUUUUUUCCACAAUGAAGCUAUUUAUUUCCGUGCUUGUCCUCAUCGCCUUUGCAACAAGUGCCUUUGCUCUGAAAAAUGAAAUCUGUGGCCUUUCGCACUCUCGAGAUGGUGAUGUUGAUCUUAAUGUCGUCUGCAAAGCUUAUAUACCCAGUUGGUCCUACGAUUCAAACAACAAACAGUGCGUGGAAUUUAUCUACGGAGGAUGUGGUGGCAACGCCAAUAGAUUUGGUACGAAGGAAAGUUGUGAAGAAAAGUGCUUGGAAUAAAAUGUUAAUAAGCUAAGGCCAAUAUAAUAAGCCGACGACAGAAAUAUUAUUUCUUCAAAAAUUCAGAA